AUGUCCUCGUCCAGCGAAGCCAGUCCCGGCCACUGGAUUACCGGCAGCUAUACAGGCAAUAGUCUUGGGGUACGCAUCACAAUCGCGACCUUUGUGGGCGUCGCGUGGUACAAUGUCAUUGAACUCAUUGUACUCAUUUUCCUGACCUUUAAACGGUAUCAUGGUCCCUACUUUUGGAGUCUGUUGAUAUCCUCGGUCGGAAUCCUUCCUUACUCCGUCGGCUAUCUGAUGAAAUUCUUUGCUUUGACUUCCCAGACUUGGCUGCCUGUCACUUUGCUCACUGUGGGUUGGUGGACCAUGGUCACUGGCCAAUCAUUUGUUCUAUAUUCGCGACUGCAUUUGAUCAUCCAAAAUCCACGUAUUCUGAGUAUGGUCAAGGGAAUGAUCAUCACGAAUAUUUUCUUACUUCAUGUGCCUACUACCGUCUUGACUUUCGACGCCAAUUUCUCCGAAUCCCAAGCCUCCAUCGAUGGGUACGAUAUUAUGGAGAAAAUCCAAUUGACCGGGUUCUGUGUCCAGGAGGUUAUCAUCUCUAGUAUAUACAUGUGGGAGACCAACCGAAUGCUGAAACUGAACCCCGAUCGCGGAAGUCGCAAAACCAUCUUUCAGCUCCUCGCUGUUAACGUCGCUUGUGUUUUGAUGGAUAUCGCAUUGAUGGUUAUAGAGUUCAUGAACUUUUAUAUAUACCAAACUACACUCAAAGCGACCCUUUACAGCAUCAAGCUGAAGUUGGAAAUUGCUGUCUUGGGUAAAUUGGUCAACAUUGCCCAUCAACAUCUUUGGCAAACCUCUCGUGUCGCUGGAGGUCGUUACCCUUCCUUUGUCGAUCCCUCCCAGAUCACAUCCGAUUACAACCACGCCGACUUCAAUCACUCUGACUCUUUGCCGACAAGUCAAAGCUCAAACUUGAAAGGCCGUGCUACCGGACUCGAAGCAAUUGAUUACGAAGAGCCAUGA